UUUGACAUUUAGUUGGUUUGUUGUUGGUGACAUUUCGCAAAUCGCAAAUUUCGGAAAGUUUCAUUCCAAUUUAUAAGAUCAAACAUUUGGACAAAACUAUUUUAUAGGCAUUUAGAUUUUGUUUAUAGUCAGUCUAAAUCAUAUAUAAUUUACAAUGGCAUUUUCCAUGUUCCUUCGUACUUCAGCAUGCAGAAGUAGUGCAUUCAAUCAACAAAUGAUGUGUUUUGCCACACAGUCUAUGGCUAAGGAGCGCACGAUUGCCAGCACUCUGCCCAUCAAGAAUCUUGUAAUCCCACGAGCUAAUAGUACGCCUAUUUUAAAUUCUGUGCGUUCUUUCCGUACAUCCCCCCCACGGUUAUCUGCGGGGAAAGCCAAUGACCACUCCAAGUUAUGGGUGGUGGAGAAAAUCACAUCUGCUGCACUAAUACCGUUAGUCCCACUUGGUCUACUCAUCCCAAACAAGCUGUUUGAUUCGGCCCUGGCUAUUCUUAUUACGGCACAUAGUUUCUGGGGCCUGGAGGCGAUCGUUGUUGACUACGUGCGCGCCAGCAUCUUCGGACCCGUUAUCCCCAAAAUUGCCAUCGGGCUAGUGUACCUCGUCUCCAUAGCGACCCUCGGAGGGCUCUUCUACCUGAUAAGCCACGAUAUUGGCCUCGCCAACACAUUUAGGCAACUGUGGGCCAUCAAAUCUGACGGCAACAAGGCAUAGACUGUCGUGAUCAGUGUACUGCGGCGUCACGGUUUAAUAGUUGCAUAAGUACAAUUUUAGAUCGAAUACUGUCUAGUUGUGUAAAGUUUGAAACGAUUUUAAGAUGUGAUAAAUUUAUAUUUCAUCAUAUUUCGGUAACUGUUGUACGUGGACCUUUGUAUUGUUGUUUUUUGUAAAUAUUGUAACAAUAUUUAAUUUUUUUUUUCAAAUGGCAUUAUAAACAUCUCGCCUAUCUUCCAGUAAGAUAAGCAGAAACGUCAGUACAUCAAAUGUAUCAUUAAUUUUUAUUUUCACUAAUAAUACUUAAAUCACAGUAGGAUUUGGGAAUAUUCUGAAUAAUAUUCAUUAAGAAUGUAUUUUUUUUUAUUUGGAAAUACUAUUUAAAUGCUAACACUAUAUUUGAGGAUUGUAAAAUGUACCAUAAACAAUCUUGCCUUUUUUCUACUUUUCAAUUACUACUUAAUAUUUCCACGAAUAUUAAUUGAGGUCAUUAAACCGUGACGUAAUAUUACAUCUAGUUUGUAAGGCUUGGAUAAUGGCACCUAUCGAUUUAUACAAAACAUAGUACAUAUUUAUUACUGUACAAUUUAAUUAUUAUAAAUGUUAAUUUAUAAUAAUAAAAUUACCUUUGCGUAAUACCCCUUUUGUAAAUAAGCCAAUAUCCAAGUGUUGCCAGAUUUUUGACAAAGUUAAAUACAUAUUAAUAUAUAAUGUAAGGUCUCUUAAAGCGAUUUGUUUUGGAAAUGCUACUUAAUAUUGAUAAUAUACGUAAAUAAAUUGUUGUAUUUUGUUGCCAUGAAAUAAAUGGGCUUUUACGACACCCAGUUUAAAGAGAUGCAGUUAAAAAAGCUACAAGUCGUAACACGAGCUUUUUUUAGUCAAUUUUAUUUACCAGUAAUUUAAUACCUUACCAAGUACAGUAAUAAGUGACCUAGAUUCGAUUCUCGGGUCGGUAUGGGGUAGCAAGAUCGAUGUAGAGUAUUCUCCACAAAUAUGGUGCUAAUAUUGCGACUAAAGGAAAACCCAACGAAACUUGAUAUAAAUAAAGCAAGUUUAAACGCUUAAUCGCCGACUAUUUAGCAUUUAAUAUUAUUGUUGAAAUACGUCGAAAAUCUGGCAAUGUUUUCGAGGAUAAUAUCAGGUAAUUUAUUCACGCGAAAUACCGUUCAAAUGUAUCCUUUUUGAUGUUCAAAACUAGUUUGAAAUCCGCAAGCAAAUGAAUCUUUGAUUCGAAUUAUUUAUUGAUAGAUUAUAAAACGAUUUCAGUUGA